AUGAAUACUGAAUAUAAAUUUAUACCUAAAAUAGCAGAUGAACAUCGAUGUUGUAUAUUGCCACGUAUUCAUCCUCAUAUUCAUUCUGUAAUUAAUUCAAAUAAUUCUAUGGAUUAUGUUCCAAACAACGAACAACAAGAAUACAAACAAAAACAAAAAGUAGAAGCAUAUGUUUUUGCUAAAUUAGAAGAAUAUUCUCGAGGAAAAUCUACAAGUCUAUUUCAUUUAACAUCAUUUUCUCAUGUGCGUCGACGUUUAAAACGUGAUGUUAAAUAUUUAUCAAAACAAUUUGAACCAUAUGAUGUAUCUGAAGGAAAAAUUCUUCAAUGGAUUGAUGAAACACUUGAAAGAAUUCAUUCACAUUUUCUACAUUUACGAUCAUUCAUUGAUUCUCAAAAUGAAUUAAAACAAUUAUUUUUAACAGAUGAACUUUUUUCAUCAAAUAAUAAUCAUAAUCAAUGGCGGAAAUUACAAAUCAAACGAGCUAAAAUUUUAUUUCCUGAUACGAAUAGUAAUGAAAACGAACUUUUAUUAAUAUAUCAAAAAUAUAUUAUUGAAAAUUUAACACCAAAAAAAUUAGAAAAUGAUUGUCUUCCAUUAAAAAAUAAAGAGAAAAUUGAUUUAGAUUUUGAAUAUAAUAAAGCAGAAACUAUCGGACGUGAAUAUUUAAAAAAUAUUUUUGAUAAUUAUAAAAAACGACAAUAUCCAAAUUUAAAUUUAAUUAAAGAAAUAAUUAAUCUUGGAAUGGAACAAAUGAAAAAAAGACCAAAAACAAAUCAAUUGAAUAAAGCAUCAACACCAUUAAAUAUUCUUCCGAAAGCAUUAUUUAUUAUUCAAAGUAAAAAUGCUUAUUCUAUGAGUUUAAAAAAUUUAGCUGAUGAUUUUAUGUUCUUACGUUUUGGUCGUUCAUUAGACAAUCAAAGUAAUAAAAAAGAUUCAGUUACCGAACGAUUUACAUCGUUAAUUCAUAUGUUUUUAAAUACAAUUUCUAUUCUUAUACAUUCGAUAAAAUCGGAUACAUCUGAAAUAUCAUUAUCUUUAUUUUCUCAAUUUGAUUCUGAUUUAUCAUCUGAAAAUAUUCUUUCACCAAUUAUUCAUAUUGAUCAAUGGACAUGGUUAAUAGAGAAAUGGAAAACUGCUCUACAAACAUUUCCAAUUAAUUUAACAAAACAUGGUGUAUUUGGUCGUCUUGUUCGAACGACAAUUGGUGUUGGGGUUGCUCGAUUAUAUGGUUUUGCUGAAAAUAAUGAACAUGAUGAAUUGGAUAAAAAAUUUUUUCAAGCAUUACAAAUGGGUUUUUAUUAUGGUGUUGCUUAUGCACUUGUUGAUGGACUACAAGAUAAUCAAAGUGAACAACAACAACAACAUAUUGAUAUUGAUAAAUGGUUGAUCGAAAUGGAACGUAUUUUAUGUGGUCAUAAACUUGAUCAAAAAUCUCUUCCUCAAUUACCUAUAACUUCCCUUUUACUUGAAACAUUUCAUAGUCUUGUACAAUUAACAUCUAUAAAUUCUAUAGCUGAACAAACAUUUACUGAUCUUGCUUUACUUCUUCGUUCACAACGAUCUGAUAAGAAAAAUCUGGAACGAUUACAUAAUAAUAAUACUGAUAUCUAUAUUGGUCCAUUAUUGAAAUCUCAUUUUACUUAUACAGCAACUGCUUUUAUGGGUGGUGCACGAAUGGUGCAUGAUCGUCAACGUUUAUGGACAAUGCCAUUUUUAGGACAAUUAACAGAUGAUUGUCGUGAUUUUGAUGAAGAUCGUCGAGAGAAAUCUAUAACACCUGUUACUUACUUUGCUGAACAUAAUGAUUCAAUAUUAAAUCCAUUUUUUGUUUUCUUAUUUAUUUGUGAAGAUUUGUAUAUACAAAGUCAACGAGACAAAGAUACUGGCGCAUUUUUAGGACGUCGAAUCAUAAGAACAUUACGAUCAUUACAAAAUGAUUUAAAUGAAUUUUUAACAAUAUUUACUGCUAAUUCAUAUCCAGAUCUGUAUAAAUAUGCUCUUUCAUUAGUAAAUCUAUUUGAUCGUGUUAGUGAUCCAGAAAAAGCAAUAUUUCAUUUUAUAAAUAAAUUUGCCAUUCAUUAUUCAUUUAAUCAUCGAAAACUUGAAACAUUUGCAUAUGAUCAUUUAUCUUUAAUUGAAAAACAAAUAACAAUAAAAAUCAAUGAACAUGAUCCACUUAUUCGUGGUAUUAAUCAUAGUUUAAAAGCUGGUGGAAAACGUCUUCGACCAUUAAUGCUUCUUAUGGUUGCACAAAUUUAUAAUAUUGAUAUUGAACGUGUAAUACCUCUUGCACGUGCUAUUGAAUAUCUUCAUACAAGUAGUUUAAUAUUUGAUGAUUUACCAGCACAAGAUAAUGCACCAUUAAGACGAGGGCAACCAACACUUCAUAUGCCUAUUGAAAGUGAUAAUAAUGAAAUACCACCAUCAUUAUCUGAAGGACGAGCUCAAUUAGCUGCUGUUAAUUUAAUUGCACAUGCAAUUCGAUUAGUAACUGUUGAUCUUAGUCAACAAGGUUUUUCAUAUGAAAGUAUUAAUCGUGUUACUGCUGAGUUAUCACAAUCAAUGGAUGAACUUUGCCAUGGACAAUUUCUUGAUUUACAAGCAGCAAGAAUGAAAAAAUCAUUAACUAUUCAUGACCUUGAUCAUAUUGCUGAAUUAAAAACGGGUAAAGCUAUUGAAGUUGUUCUUAUUUGUCCAGUUAUACUUGCUGAACAAGAUAAAUCUCUAAAUAUAACAUUAGAACGUCUCCGUGAACUUGGUAAAUUAAUGGGAAUUUUAUUUCAGAUGAAAGAUGAUUUACUUGAUGUUGAAGGAAAUGUAAAUGAAAUUGGAAAAUUAACAAAUAUUGAUGUACAAAAUCAAACAAUUACUUAUGUUAGUUUAUUAGGUAUUGAAAAAACUCGAAAACGUAUUGAUACAGAAAGAAAACAAGCCUCGCUUAUUCUUGAUAGUUUAUGGCCACAAGCAGGAACUAUUCGUGAUGUUAUUAGACAUAUUUGUGAACGAAAAAAAUAA